CAAUGUAAUAUAUGCGGUACAUUAUAAAAACACAAUAACAACUUUACAUAUUCUUACAAUUUACAAUUUCUUCGGAUGAUAGAUAAUUUGUAACAAUGUUUGCGUCAUUCACCACUUGACGUUUUGACUUUCAUUGUUUGAAAAACGCAUUAUCAUAAUCUGUAUCGCUGCACUAGGCAAAUUGCAUCUCCGCAUGUUGCGCUCGUUAUCGCGCAAUAUGUUCAUUACACAUUAAGCCAUCGGAUCGUUUUAGUUAUUCACCUGCUGACACGCCGAAUAUACGGCUUCUAUUUUCUCAUUAGCAUCACUGUCAUUCUUCAGACGACACCUGCCGUGAUCGCACAUGUGAUGCGAGUUCGUUGUCAGACCGACAUCGCGUUAAAAAAGUGCCAAGUGACACAAAAUUUUCAUAAACUUUGCUUGUGAUAAACAAAUAUAUUUGUUUGCAAACACUUGUCACAACAUUUAAUUUUAUUUAUAGCAUUUUGAUAUUUUACGCGACGAAAAUGACAGCGCAACGAAUCUUUCUAAUCGCAUUUUUCUAUAUAUACGUACAUUUCUCGCAUGGUUUUACGAAUGACGACGAUAUUUGUUAUUGGCAUCAUCCACAGACCAACGAUUAUCCCGAAUGUGAUUUUCUGAAAAGUCGGCAACGUCUCGUUUGUUUCAAUGGUCUUAAAGACGAAUGGAAAGAAAAGGCUGAAAAUGUGCAGAUUCUUAUUCUUUGCGAGUGGCCAAAAGCAACGUUUGAUCCGCAUGAGGUUUUACGGGAAUUCACAUCCUUGCGAAAGUUAAUAAUCACGAACAGUAAUUUAACUCAAUUGUCAACUGCAUUUUCGAUCAAUGCGCAAUUACUCGAGAAAAUCAAUGUGACCGGCACCAAACUGCAUACAUUUCCUAAAGAUGCGUUUUCUAAUCUGCGAUCUUUGAGAUAUCUUGACUUAAGAAACAAUGCUCUCGAAGAGAUCAACGUAACAGCUUUCAAUAUGCCUGCAUUAAAACAUGUUCUUCUGGCUGGUAAUCCAUUGAGAUGUACGGAGGAUACAGCGUGGAUUUUGGACCCCAACGAAGGAUCAGCCGCGAGCAAAGUCGUCGACAAAGACAAAUUACUUUGUGCUACGCCGUAUGAUGGAAGACCGCUUCUCCCGAUCGUCGAGAUAAUCGCGACGUUAAAAAAGGAAUGCAAACAAACAGUUUGUGAUUGUGAAUUGAUUUAUGUCGUUGGACGUGCGGGCAACAGAGAGUUUACGCAUAGACAGCUUAUAGCUUUUACAUCAGUCAAUUGUAGCCAUCGCGGUUUAACUGAAAUGCCCAAUUUUUUACCCGCGAAUACGACAACCCUUCGCCUAACCGGAAAUAAGAUUAAGGACUUAACUCCACUCACGACAAAUCCCGCGUACAAGUCGGUUCUGGAUCUUUACAUAGACGAUAAUCUAGUAGAAUCUAUCAUUCGGCUAGAAGGAUCAGAUUGGCUAGAUCAUUUCCGGCUCCUUAAUCUUCGAGGGAAUAAACUGAUCGAUUUACCUACUUACGCUUUGGAAAACGCAUUGUUGCACAAUGGCAAUGUAGCUGGCCUAUAUCUUGGCAAUAAUUCGUGGACGUGCGAUUGUCAUUUUACACCGAGCUUUCAGGAUCUCUUGAUCAGGCAUUCAAAUUUAGUAAAAGAUAUCAACGACAUAAGAUGUACCAUCACGAGCGAAAACGAUAACUCGAACAAGCAGAUUCGCGAUCUUACGCGGACAGAGAUCUGCAUUUCAGUGGAUGAAGAUUCUUGGUUUCAUCCCCUUGACAUUUUGAACAUUGUAUUAGCAUCAUUAAUAUUCCUCGUGCUCGGUAAGCUUUUGUACGAUUAUUGGUCUUUCAAGAAAACUGGAAAGCUACCUUGGAUCGUUACCAAAAUACCAUGAUAAUGCUACAAGUGCCUUUUAUCUCUUGUAAAAAAGAUCAUGCGUUUAAUUAUUACAGCAAUGGAGAUUAUAAUAGUGAAACCUCUGCAUUAAAAUAUCUUCUUAAUUACACUCUUUCUAGUAUAUUUAUCUUGUAAGCAUUUAUGUGUGUGUGUGAGCUUGAGUUUGAUCGAUUUUUUUUUAGCAUGAUAAAGAAGAUUGAAUGUGUGUUUAAAUUAAAUUUAGAAAAAUUCGAGAUAUCUAAUAACUGUAUGUAUAUAUUUAAAUUUUAUUAUUAAAAGCAAGUAAAGAAUAAAUCAUAUCUUAGUAUUUGAUAUGAACAAAUCUUUCGAGUGAUAUCAGCUUACAUUGUUUAUUGUUCCGCUUGUUGAAUAUAUUUCUGGUACAAAUUUUCAGCAGCCGCA